GCGAACAGGUCGCGAAGCGGGGGGCGGGGAAAAAGGAGGAGUCAAGAUGGCGGCGAAAGGCGGCGGCGCGGGAAGCGGAGGCGGCGGCGGAGCCAACAAGAACGGGAUCCUGGACAAGUGGAAAAUCGACGACAAACCCGUGAAAGUGGACAAAUGGGACGGGUCAGCGGUGAAGAAUUCGCUGGAUGAUUCCGCCAAAAAGGUCCUUUUGGAAAAGUAUAAAUACGUAGAGAACUUCUGCUUGAUCGACGGGCGCCUUAUCAUCUGCACCAUCUCCUGCCUCUUCGCCAUCGUGGCUUUAAUAUGGGAUUACCUUCACCCCUUCCCGGAAUCGAAGCCGGUGCUCGCCGUCUGCGUGGUGUCAUAUCCUUUUUCCCGCUGCUCCUCGUUUUUGAAGGAGAAUUCUCUGCUUUCCAUCCAUCGCUGGUUCCUUGGUUGGACCACUGGGAAGCCCUAA